UGUGUGAAGUGCUCUCUGAAAUAUCACAUGGAUGUAGGGGUAAAUCUGGCUGAUAUGUGAACACACACACACCCCUCCCAAAGUAGUAGUGGCAAAGUUGCGUCUGAAAAAGCUCCUGGCUCUGUAGUGAUGUAAAUGUGGAUUAUAAUUAAUCACUCAUAUGAUGUGAAGGUGCAUUGAAAAGGAGUGGGUUAGUUUCGUUUUCAUUGCUUUAUAUCUUCCGGAACUGAAUCUUGACAUCGAAAAGCAGGUCCUGGGGCCAAAACUUGAAUUCAAAACAAACCCUUGCAGCAGCGGGAAUCCCUUCUGUCAUCGCCUUCCUCUGGCCUGGGCUAUUUAGGGCUCCCUGCUUCGUAGCCGAGCUGCCCUUGCGGAGGGAGAUCGCUAGAUGGCGUCCCAGAGCUCUGCGCGGGUUCCUUGCUGCUUGCCGGGUUGCGGCUUCGCCUUGGUGGCGGCGGCCGCUCACUCGGCUCCGGCUCGGACUGUGAGUGGCAGGCUGGGCAGUCUGGGCCGGAGGUGGACGGAAGAAGAGCGGCAACGCAGCCUGCGGUGGGAGCUCAGAAACUCCUUUGUGGAGACACUUGGAGAAACCAGUGGGAGGAUCAUCAGCAAACUAGAACGGUGCUUGUUGAAAAGGGCUGUGUUGCCCAGUGGGCAGCAGCCUUGGUUGUCCAGGAAGAAUGAGAACGAAUGUGUCCCUUUAUCUGAUGCUUCUUCUUGUGGUCAUGACGAUGGGAUACCCUUCCAGACGCUCUGCUAUGGACUUGGAUGCCACACCCCGAAUGACAAUUGUCUAUAACGAUUUGACUGCUGCGAGGCGUUUCAUCAGUCAUGCCCAGAAUUACACCACCCUCCUUCUAGAAGAUGAGAAGGGGAUCCUUUAUGUAGGAGCCAGGGGAGCCAUAUUCUCCUUAAAUUCCAGCAACAUUGCUGACGGCUCCCAUCGGACAAUGGAUUGGGAGGCCUCUCCUGAGAAGCGGGCAGACUGCCUGAAAAAGGGCAAAAACAAUAAGACAGAGUGUUACAACCACGUCAGGCUUUUGCAGCGGUUAAAUGCAACCCACCUCUAUGCCUGUGGCACGUAUGCUUUCCACCCACUCUGCACAUACAUUGAUACCAACAAGUUCACGCUACCCUCCCAUUUUGAGGAAGGGAAGGAAAAAUGCCCAUAUGACCCAGCCAGAGGCUACACAGGUCUCAUUGUGGAUGGCAGUUUAUACACAGCAACACGCUACGAAUUCCGCAGCCUUCCAGACAUCCGACGUAACCGGCACCAGCGGAUCCUGAAGACGGAGGAAUCCCCCCUGCACUGGCUGAAUGAUGCCGAAUUUGUGGCCUCAGUGCUGGUGAGGGAAAGUGUGAACAGCCCUGUGGGGGAUGACGACAAGAUCUACUACUUCUUCACCGAGCGAGCUGGAGAGGAGAGCACCACUAUCUCUGACAAGACACAAGCUCCCAGGGUAGCCAGGGUGGCUCGAGUGUGCAAGAAUGACCUUGGGGGCAAGAAGAUCCUUCAGAGGAAAUGGACAUCCUUCAUGAAAGCGAGGCUGGCCUGCUACAUUCCCUACUAUGAGGUCCUCAAGGAUGUUUACAGUCUGGAUGGCGGUGACUGGCGGAGCACCAUCUUUUAUGCAGCAUUCACCUUGUCAGCCCACUGGAGGAGCAUGGAGGUAUCUGCCAUCUGCCGAUACAACAUCUCGGAGGUGCGGGCAGCUUUUGAAGGGACUUAUAUGGAAUACCAGGAUUCCUCCCGCAAAUGGUCCCAGUACAAUGGGGAAGUGCCAGAACCCCGGCCAGGAUCAUGCAUCACCAAUCGUGCUCGCAAGAGUGGCUACAAUUCAUCCCAGGACCUGCCCAAUGGUGUGCUGGAUUUUGUCAAGCUCCAUCCACUGAUGUAUGAGGAAGUGAAACCUGCAGAUGGGGAUCCUCUAUUGGUGAAGAAAAAUGUCAUCUAUACCCAAGUGGCAGUAGACAGAGUCCAGGCCCUGGAUGGGCAUGUCUAUGACGUACUCUUCUUAGGAACAGGUAAUGGCUGGAUUCACAAGGCUGUGGUCAUUGGUUCUGUGGUCCACAUCAUAGAGGAGAUCCAGGCCUUCAGAGUCCCCCAACCUGUGGAGAACCUUGUCAUCUCUAAACAGCAGAGGAGUCUGUAUGUGGGAUCCCGUAGUGGGGUAUUGCAGUUACCUUGCUCCACCUGCAGGCGAUACACCUCUUGCUUUGAUUGUGUCCUCGCCCGGGACCCGUACUGUGGCUGGGAUGGUGAGAGCUGUAGAGAAUUCGCAGAGACUCAGGACAGGACUCAACUGAUCCAGGAUGUGCUGCAUGGCAACAUGGGCUGCUGGAAUGACUCUGCCCAGGCCACUGCCAUGCAGAAGAACCGGACGGUGUUGCGUGGCGAUGACGUGCUCUUGCCCUGCGAGCAGGCAUCCAACCUGGCACGGGCCACGUGGCUGGUGAACGGCACAGAAGUGCUGGCUGAGGACGGGCAGGGCCGCUUCCACCUGGGGGUGGAUGGGUUGCUGGUGACAGACACGCAGCUGGAGUACAGCGGGGAAUUCCAAUGCUACGCUGAGGAGAAUGGCCUCCGAGCCUUGGUGGCCACCUAUGCCCUGACGGUGCUGCCCGCGCCCUUGGUGCCACCAGCACCCCCCACGGUGUCCCUUUCCCCCUGGCACGCUGCAAGCUCUGCUUAUGGGGAUGCGAAGUUUAUCUACAUAGCGGCCAUCACGGUGCUGGGCGGCUUGUGCCUGGUGCUUAGCGUGGUGCUUCUCUAUGUCUCCUGCCUGCAGAAGCGCAGGGGCAAAUAUAGCCUAGGGGUGCCCCAGGCCCCCUCCAGUGUGGAGUUGCAGACUGUCUCCUCCAAUUGUCUGGGCAAAGGAGGGCAAGAGGACGAGGACCUGGGCAUCUAUCCAGACAGCUGCUUGCAGAUCAUCCCCGGGGAAGCCCCCACCGCAACAUCGCCCUCCAAGGAGGGGCCCCCUGCCCCACCACCACCCCCUCCACCACUCCCUGCUGAGUUCACCAAUGGAAUUACCACCUUGCCCAACAUGCUGCGCAAGAUGAAUGGCAACAGCUACAUGCUCCUGCGGCAGAGCGAGGAGCCCUGCACUUCACCGCUCUACAACUCCUUCACCGAGGAGCUGAGCAAGAUCCUGGAGAAGCGGAAACACACGCAGCUGGUAGAAAAGCUGGACGAGAGCUCCGUGUAGGGGGAACAGGGAGCCCAAUUUGCCAAACUUAUCCCCCUCACCCCUCUGUGAUUCCUCUUUCCUGUUCCAACAGAACCAGUGUUACGACUCAGCAACUACCUCCGGAGCGGCCCUCCGGAGCCGCCAGAGACUCCGCGCUCAUUUCCUGUUUGUUGUUUUUUUUUUGUUGGAGUUUGAUUGUUUUGUUUUUCCAAUUGUUGUAAAAAUAUAUUUAAAUGGGAAUUAUAUUUAUAUAUAAAAGUGAUGAUCGAUAAA